CAAUCCCAGCUGUCGAUGGAUUCAUUAAAUAACAUCAGAGCACAAGAAACGCUAGUAACGCGUGAAGGAAAAUCAGUCCACAAUGCUUCAAAGUGUCUGCUAAAUGUAUAAAUGUCAAUUUAUUUUAAAUUCCCAGUGUGCGAAACAGGUCGCUGUGAGAGGACACCACAGUUCCCAUAGCUUCGACAGUCGAAAGUCUGUAAAUGGUGACGCAACAUUAAAUAAAAAUCUCUGCCAACAAGCCAAAAUUCUCUUGUGCUCUUAAUGCAUAGUGUGCAUUUUCUUCUAUCUGGAGGUGCACUAGCGCCCCCUGCAGGGGUGGACGGUGUGCAUCAGUCUUGCUGUAGUGUCAGAAAUUGAAGAACCCAGUGAAUAAAUGUGUUAUUUUCUGAGGCAUUAUUUAGUGUGUGUGUUAAUUUCAAAUAAAAAUUUAAAAUAAAAAUAAAAAUACUAAUUGAAUUAGUUCAUCUACUGACUUGGUGCCAGUGUUUUGCCGGAGCGACACACACGUCCGUGUUGGUCACCUGGUCCCAAACGCAUUCUGUCAUUUCCUAUCUCUCUGCUGUCCUGCGUUCGGGGUGAAUCUUAUUGAUCAGGGCAGACCACAGCGGACUCAGAGGUGGCUCCCCGUGUUCAGCAUUUUGGACGGACCUGACAGGGAUUGUUGUCCGCUCUUCUACGACACACUCUCGACGUGGAACCCACCCGCCUGGCUACCGGGUUGAUCGCUAAUGAUCUCUGCGUCGCGGUGGAAACGGCGUGCGUUUGUGUGACCGUGUGCUUGGUGGACGGAGUGGAUGCAAACGAGCAGAUGGAGGCGCAGCAACAGCAGCAACAGCAGCAGUAGCUCUCCUCUCAGUGACUGUAACAGAAGCAUCUCCGCUCUGCUGCAGCUGUGAGGGAAAAACACCAAACCGGAUCCUGUGAUUUUUUUAAAAAAAAUUAUUUUAAAAGCGACAUCAGCGGCUGGUUGUUUCCCACACAUGUUGGAAUUUGUACAACAGCGAAAAGCCAUGGAGUCGGAGUGUGCUGUGCUUUAGACGCACGAGGACCACAUUGGAGCGACUGUCUGCUGACUGACUGGUGCAAAAACCCACUUAUUGAAGUGGACAAGGAAGGAGACACAGUGUUGGCACCGGUCCUCAGCAGGUUAUUUAUAUUUUGGACGGAACAGCGAUCAGGACUCAGCCUAAAAACACAUGCUUCCGUUCCUCACUUACACUUUCCCCUGCUCCUGUUGUGGUCUCAGUGUCCAGAGGACAUCCCGGGGAGAUUUGCUUUAAAUGUCUGGCUCUUCAGUGACGCAACAUCGGGCACAAGCUGCAUGAGAAACAUAUGCGUCGACAGGGCGUGAACUCGCACACACGAGCUUCAUUCAAACCCGAACUAGCAGCCAGUUCAUCCAUUAAAAGCAUUUGGGUUGAUUUCACUCUCUGCCGCCCACGGUUGUUCUGAAGUCACAUCAUGGAUCUGAAGGCGGACUCGGAGGACAUGGACUUUAAACAACCAGCACCCAUUGAAGUUUUCGCCAGCAGGUCCACGCUGCACGGCAUCUCGCACAUGUUCACUUACGAGCGGAUGUGCAUCAAGCGCAGCCUGUGGAUUCUCUUCUUCCUGGGCUCGCUGGGUGUUCUGGUGCUGGUGUGCGUGGACCGGGUGCAGUUCUACUUCCAGUACCCGCACGUCACCAAGCUGGAUGAGGUGGCUGCCCCCAAGCUGAAGUUCCCCUCCAUCACCCUGUGCAACCUCAACUCCUUCCGCUUCACUAGUGUGACCCGCAACGACCUGUACCACGCCGGAGAACUGCUUGCCUUGCUCAACGGCAGGUAUGAGAUCCGGGACCCACACCUGGUGGAGGAGCACGUCCUGCAGGUCCUGAAGGAGAAGGCCAACUUUGACAGCUACAAGCCCCGCCCCUUUAACAUGCGCGAGUUCUACGACCGCACCGGCCACGACAUCAAGGACAUGCUGCUUUCCUGCUUUUUCCGUGGCAUGGAGUGCAGUGCUGAAGACUUCACAGUGAUUUUCACACGAUAUGGAAAAUGCUACACCUUCAACUCGGGCCAGGAUGGGCGACCCCUGCUGGUGACGAUGAAGGGGGGAAUGGGCAACGGCCUGGAGCUGAUGUUGGAUAUACAGCAGGAUGAGUACUUGCCUGUGUGGGGAGAGACCGAUGAGACAUCAUUUGAAGCUGGGAUCAAAGUGCAGAUCCACACUCAGGAUGAGCCGCCGUUCAUCGACCAGCUGGGCUUCGGAGUAGCCCCAGGAUUUCAAACAUUCGUUUCCUGUCAAGAGCAGCGGCUGACAUAUCUGCCUCCGCCCUGGGGUGACUGCAGGGACAGGCCCAUGGACUCAGAUUUCUUCAGCAGCUACAGCAUCACAGCCUGUCGAAUCGACUGUGAGACACGAUACCUGGUGGAGAACUGUAACUGCAGGAUGGUCCACAUGCCUGGAGACGCCCCAUACUGCACUCCGGAGCAGUACAAAGAGUGUGCAGAUCCCGCUUUAGACUUUCUUGUCGAACGGGAUAAUGACUACUGUGUGUGCGAGACGCCGUGCAACUUGACACGCUACGGCAAAGAGUUGUCCUUUGUCAAAAUACCCAGCAAAGCGUCCGCCAAGUACCUCGCCAAGAAAUUCAACAAGACGGAGCAGUACAUCGCCGAUAACCUCCUGGUCCUGGAUAUCUUCUUUGAAGCACUCAACUAUGAAACCAUCGAACAGAAAAAGGCCUAUGAGUUGGCAGGACUUCUGGGUGAUAUCGGCGGACAGAUGGGUCUGUUCAUCGGAGCCAGCAUUCUCACCAUUCUUGAACUUUUUGACUAUCUUUAUGAGGUGAUAAAGUAUAAGCUGUGCCGCUGCGUGAAAAAGAAACACAAAGGCCACAACAACAACGACCGGGGAGCUGUGCUGAGCCUGGACGACGUGAAACGCCAUGCUCCGUGUGAGAAUCUGCGUACGCCGUCGACAUAUCCUGGCAACAUGCUACCUCAUCACCCAGGCCAGGGUAACUUUGAGGACUUCACUUGCUGAGCGCAAUCCCUCGGAGCAUCACAGCGUGCGUUAUGCAACCAAAGCCGACCGUACAACGAGGACUUUCUGACACAGGGGUGGGACGAGUGUGAGGAGCUGGUUCAAAGUCUAACAGAGGCCAUGUUUUUAUAGGAAUCAAGGGAGGGGGGAAUCAAACGUCAAAAAAACACUUUCACACACCCAAGGCCGAGUGGGGGUGGGGGAUAUUCCAAAUAUCAAUAUGUCUGUAAACUCUUCUAUCUCCGUGUUGUCCUCCGGAAUACUGCCACAAAAGGACGCUCGUGGAGGAACCCUGCCAAGAUGGACCUCACUUUAGAAAGAAAGGACAUCAAAAAAAAAAAAGAAAAAUAAGUGGAUGAAAUGAAGAAGAGAAAUGUACAGCUCCACUGGCGCAUCAAUCAGAAAAAAAAAGAA